GAAGGGUAAAUGUCAAUGACCAUUUUGACCUUCAUUUAUACGAACAAAAAAAGUCGAACCCAAAAAUUAUAGUCUACAACUGUUAACCAAGUGACCUAACGUGUUUUUUGAAAUUUUCUCAAAAAUAAUAUUUAACCAUCUGAAUUUGUUUAUACUAAUACUAUAGAUUUUCUAUUACUUUUAUGUUUAGCUUAGGACAAUUGACACACAUAUAUAUAUAUAUAUAUGUUUGAUUGUUUAUUUUCGUAUUGGUCAUAUAACUAUUAUUAGUUUAUUCUAUUGUUUUCUAACUAUUUUAAAAACUGUUUAAAUCUUAUGUGGGAUGUUUCAAUUAUUUGAUGUAUAGGUAUUUUAUAUAUAUAUAUAUAUAUAUAUAUAUAUAUAUAUAUAUGCCGUAUCCGUAUCUAUGAAUUUUAAGUUUGACGUUUUCCGUCCUUGUUCCCCUCCCGGUUUCCGGUCCCCGUCCUGGUCCCUGGGCUGCUUAGUCGUCUGCCAUAAAUCCUCUAAUCAAGAUGACUAUUGACCCUCCACAUCUCUCCUCCGGCUCGAUGAUAUCUAUCUCUUUGUGUUCUCUUCUUCUCAGACUAUUUAUACAUCCUUCCACAUCACUCUUUCCUCAGAUCGAAAAAAUCCAUACCUUCAUCAUGGGCAAACAAACCGCAAUCCUCACCGGCAAAGCUUCUUCCCCUCUCCUCUUCCGACAUGUUUCACCAGGGCUAGGAGAUUCCACCAUGCAGUUUAGGCUUCUUCAUCACUGGGAAGCUCGCAAGAAUGUGAAAGGAGGACCUGACAUCCUUCUUGGGAUUGAGAUGCUUAUGAUCGAUGAAGAGAUGUUGUUAGCCACCUUAAGCUGGUUGAUGGCCAGCCUCUCCAUGAGCGCCCGGUUUUGACUUA